UCAAAAGUUACUGGAAGUGGGUGCUUAUGCCGAUAGAGGGAAGAUCUGGAAGAGAUACGUCCAAAAUGUCCUUUAUGUCUGGGCGUUUAGUGAAGUCUGGCCUAGAGAAGACAUGUCCAGUAGCUUUCAGUUUGUCUAUCCUGCACGCUCAUUGUGAAGGAUGUCAUGAUCGCUACUGUACUAUCUCCCCUGAUGACAGCAGCAGCUGUGGGGUCAUCGAGUGCAGCCAGUCAUGUGGACAGCGACUACAUGGUUGUAAAAUAGAGGACCACAAGAAUGUUUGUCCUCUUGAGAAGGUCCCCUGUUCAAAUCACAUGUAUGGCUGUCCGCUGGAGAUGGCAAGAAAUAAAAUAAAUGCCCACAUUCGUGUUUGUCCGGCCAGUGUGGUUCGCUGUGUGAUUGAGUGGAAUCGCUGGCCUAUGCAUUCUGCAGAAGAAAACAUCAAGGCCCCUCUACCCUUGGACAAUCCGCAUGUGAGAUGUGGUCAGCUAGACGUAGCACUGGCCCUUAGGGAUCAGAGGAUGCUGAUGGAGUCCAUGAAGGCACCUCAAAGGGUCAGAAAGGUUCUCCAGAACACAAUAACCCAGCGAUACCCAGGGGUCCCAUUUGAGAAUCGUAGUGGGUCGGUAGACUCCGACUGUCCGUCAGAAACAGCCUCUGUGACAGUGUCGGAUGAUGAGUUAGACACUCCAUGGGAAAGUACAAGGUUUCCUCCUGGCCUAAAGAUGAGUGUUUGUUCUAAACUGUAUCGUGCAACAAAACAUGCAUCAGACAAUCUAGUGGUGGCCUCAAAUUCAUUGUCCAAUUACAAGGCAGGACAGAAGCAAGAGCACCUUUCAGAGAUCAGAGAGGAACAUGAUGUCAAACCAGAUAAUGAUAUUGAAGCGAAAAUCAAAGCAAAACUGGAAUCAUUGUCUAUAGCAUGUUCUAAAUCGGAUGACAAGCCAUCAGCGACAGAUUAUCAGGUAAAGGAUGACAUCCCCAGUAGUGAUACAUACGACAACUCCUGCUCAAAAGGGAGUGAUUUUAAAUGUAAUACAGGGUCUCUGGACGCGGUCAAUAGUGGUCAGUCUGAUGGUGAUGAUCAGCUGGGGGUCACAGAUGUCCAGAUAGAGGAAGUGUACAAGAAAGAUGUCAAACUUCACGAAAUGUUAGGUGUGAGUCUCAAUAUUGAAUGCAUAUCAAAGUAUAUCGCCAAGCACCCAAAGAUGUACACCUUUCUCUGUGCUCAGGACUUCCGACGGGAAGAAUACAUAUGGCACUUCAAAAAUGUCCACAAUGACAUCCAGUGUGGAUUGAAUGGUGUAGUGGAACAACGGUGUCCACUAGCCUACCUCGGUUGUACAUAUUCUUACCAGAGGCUUGUCCCAGCAGAGCCGAGGGGUCAUAUUGUGCAUAGCUCUCUGCUCGAGAGCUUCGGUCUGCUCACUUGUGUGGAUGAGGACAACACGGGGGAAGACAAUGAUGUCUCUAAAACAGUGUCAAGCCCUGACUGUCUCCAAACUCAAGCAGACUCAAACAAUCAAGUGAUGGAUAUGUGUGCUGAAAUUCCCAGGCAGCGACUACGGGAAGCCACACCAGAAAUUGUUACAUCUCACAAAUUUGAUUCAAGAAUAAAAGUGUAUCCACGAUUCCGUAAUCCUUCAGGGGGAUAUGACUGUGUGACUGCAGCACAGAAAGUCAAUGAGGAGUUAUCUCUCUUGCUUUUUUUACCCAUGGAAGUGUUGAUACACCUGGUGGCCUUUCUGGACAGUUUCAGCCUGUGUAACCUGUCUCUCACCUGUAAACUCCUCCGCAACGUCACUUGUUCCCUCCUUGUCAAUAAGGGCAUGGUGACCCCUGUCUGGGAAAAGGUCAAGAAUGGAUCAAAGUUCAAUUGGAAGCUUUCAUCCAAGAAAUGGUGUUUCAGUACAGGGUUCACUCCUGUACGAAAGUGGCGUUACAACAACACAAGUCCACUGUCCGAACAUCUGAAGACGUGUGCGUACAAUCGCCCGGAGGAUAAGAUCAUUCCCAAGGACAUAUGGACAUACACCUCCACUACCGGGCAUGACAGUACUAGUGCUGACGCCCCCAUUAUAAGUACCCUUCAACAGCUGAAGCAUAUGCGUACAGAGGUCAACCGUUACGACAAUUUCUUGGCUGACGUACACAUCUCCAAGGCAUGACCAUGUGAAAUCUGCGAGUGGGAUAGUAACUAUGAUCAACGGUGCUGUAUUUCUCUAGUGGACUGCUAUUGUAUGUAAAAAAUCGAAAAAUGGCCUGUAUCAUAAAUUAGAAAGUACUAAAUAUAAGCUGCGUGGAAUUUGGAAAUAUUUGAACCAAGAAUGAAGACAUACUAAAAUAUCUAAUAAAAGCCUUUUACUGAAAUUAAUAUGAUCCCAUAGAAUUUUGGAAUGUUUCAAACGAUAAGUCAUAUAUAUAAAAGGGCAUGGAAUUUUUAAAAUCAGCUAGCUUUUAUUAGAACAAGAUUAUUCAUUCUUAGAACUGAUUUAUUCUUAUUUGGCAUGGUUUUCCUUUAGAUCUGACUGAUAUAAAAGCUCCAUACAAAUAAUCACAGAACAUAUUUUAUUAUACACUAUUAAUGUUCUGAUAUGUGACCAUUAGGUUGUAGAGAAUGUCUUAUUUAUUCAAGAUGUCUGUGAUGAUUUUAGCACACAAGAAUGAAAAUUGAGUGUGCUAUAUGGCAUAAGGAUUUAUAAUUAAGAGGAGAAAAUGGUGUUCUAGAGUUAUUUUUAAGUAUAAAGACAAAGUAGUGUCUGAGGAGGAUGUUACAGAGAAUAUACAUUUUUUGGAUAACUCACAAAAUGAUUCAUCAAUUCUAUCAAAAAAUGACAAUUGGGCAUGAGGGAAAAAUGUUCUUAAACACAUAAAAGUUUUUAACAAACUGAAAAAGCUCUGACCUUCUGGACUUUUAACACUUGACCCAUUUUUACAAACCUGAGAAAAAACUGCUAAUAAUAGAAAAAAAACAUAAUAUCAGUUGAAAUUCAUUCAUUUGAAGUUGUA